AUGUUUCCAUGGACUGGAGGACAAUUAUUCGGUGGUAGAACCGUUUUGCAAGAUUUCAGUUUAGAACACGAUUUAAUAAGAGCAAUAAAAAUCCCAUUCGAAGAUCCUAAAACUCAAUUUUUCGACAAGGGAUUCGAUGGAUUUCCCGCAUUUGGACUCCUCCCCGGUAGCGACGUUAAAGUUCCCUAUCGUAUUAUUUUGCCAGAAAAAUUAUAUUCGGAAUUUACGAUUCAAGCAACCGUAAAACUAAGUUCUCACGAUGGCGGAUUUCUUUUUGCCGUUGUUAAUCCUUUGGAAACGGUUGUCCAGUUGGGAAUACAAAUAACGCCGGCAAAUGAAAAUCCAGGACAUUCUAAUUUUAGCCUAUUUUACACAGAUGCAAACACUCAUUUUUCAUCUGAAAUAAUAGCUAGCUUUGACGUAUUUGCAUUUAAAGUGACAUCAAAUAACGUAACAUUGUAUUUUAAUUGUCACGAAUAUGAUUCCGUACAAAUAAAAAAAUCACCAUCGGAAUUAAUAUUUGAUUCCGCAUCGACUCUUUACGUUGGACAAGCUGGUCCUUUGCUUAAAGGUUCAUUUAACGGUUCGUUACAAGAAUUAAAACUUUAUGGUAGCGCAAAUCAAGCCGAACUUCAAUGGUCUGGAGAAGAUGAAUACAAUUUCAGUUUUGUAAGUCUUAUUUAA